CAGUGUAUGUGGUGGUGGAGGCGACGCUUUCUCCUUUCUGUAACCUAAACAAUGACUCCUGCUACAGACCGGAGGAGAGCCCACUGAUAGAAUGCUUCACAUAGACCUAAAACCUGACAUUUAGCUGCUAUUCCGUCCGCUCGUUUAAACAUCCCGAGCGUAAACAUGUGGAUACCUUCAGAACAUGAGAAAUACGGCGUCGUGCUGGCCAGUUUUCGAGGAACCGUCCAGCAUGGCCUCCCACUGGAAAUCGGAGAUACAGUGCAGAUUCUGGAGAAAUGUGAAGGAUGGUACAGAGGAUUUAUUCUAAAGAAUCCUAACGUCAAGGGUAUCUUUCCAUCCAGCUACAUCCACCUGAGGAAUGCCAUUGUGAAGAACAAAGGGCAAUUUGAGACCGUGAUUCCCAUCGAAGACUCGGUCAUCACGGAGAUGACAUCGACACUGCGAGAGUGGGGCACCAUGUGGAAACAGCUCUAUGUGAAAAACGAGGGGGAUUUGUUCCAUCGGCUCUGGCACGUGAUGAAUGAAAUCUUGGACCUGAGGAGGCAGGUGCUGGUCGGCCACCUCACUCACGACCGGAUGAAGGACGUCAAGCAGCACAUAACGGCGAGAUUGGAUUGGGGCAACGAACAACUUGGCUUGGACCUGGUGCCCAGGCGGGAGUUCAGCAUGGUGGACCCUGAUGAAAUCGGUGUAACAGAGCUUUACAGACUGAUGGAACAUCGGCAUCGUAAGAAAGAUACUUCUGCGCCUGCGAGCACCCAUCAUUUGUUUGUCCAUGUGAAAAGCCUGAUGAGUGCCAAUCUGGGGGAGGAGCUGGAAGUUUUCUUUCACAUUUAUGAUGGACGGGAGAAUCGGCCGCUCAGUGAACGCUUCUUUGUCAGGCUGAAUAAGAGCGGCUUGCCCAAGUGGCCAGAGAAGGCCGACAGACAAUGCACGCUGUUUGUGGAUUUGGGAAGCAGUGAUCUACGGAAAGAUGUCUACAUUGUUGUACAUAUCAUAAGAAUUGGGAGGAUGGGAGCAGGAGAGAAGAAGAACACAUCCAAUGUGCAGUACAGGCGGCCAUUCGGCUGUGCUGUUGUCAGCAUUGCUGAUCUCCUCACUGCUGACUCCAAGGAUGACCACUUGCUUAAGGUUUAUGCAUGCAACACAGAGAUUGAGUGGUACCAAAUUCACGAGAACAUCAUAAAAAAGGCCAAUUCCAGGUACAACUUGUCUGGAUCCAACACCGGUCUGGCGGUGGCUCUACAGCUCCUCCAUGGAGACAUAGACCAACUAAGACGAGAGUACAUGGUGCUCUUCACCCGGGGGGUGUGCAUAACCAGGAAACUGGGCUUCUCUGACAUCAUCAUGCCUGGUGAGAUGAGGAACGACCUUUACAUGACGCUGGAGAAAGGAGAGUUCGAAAAGGGUGGGAAGAGCGUUGCCCGAAACGUGGAGAUCACCCUGUACGUGCUGGAUGCUGAUGGACAAAUCCUCAAGGGUUAUGUGGCUGCUGGCUCCGGCGAGCCAGGCGGGGACGAGUACCACUCCCUGGUGCUGUACCACAACAACAGCCCCCGCUGGGCCGAGCAGAUCAAGCUCCCCAUCCCGGUGGACAUGUUUCGAGGGUCUCAUGUCCGCUUCGAGUUUCGGCAUUGCUCCACUAAAGACAAAGGAGAGAAGAAACUGUUUGGAUACUGCUUUGUUCCUCUGAUGCAGGAAGAUGGCAGGACUCUGCCAGAUGGCACCCAUGAGCUCAUUAUCUAUAAGUGUGAGGAGAACACCAGCUUGGCGGACUGUUCGCGCUACCUGAAGCUGCCGUUCUCCAAGGCCAACCUUCCGUCCAACAAUCAGACGCUGAAAGGCGCCAAGGAGUCUUUCUGGAUCACCAGCUUCCUCUGCUCCACCAAGCUCACACAAAAUGGUGACAUGCUGGACCUGUUGAAGUGGCGAGCCCACCCUGAAAGGAUCAACGACAGCCUCUCGAAACUGAAAGAGAUAGACGGCUCUGAGAUUGUCAAAUUUCUUCAGGACACCCUGGACACCCUCUUUGGCAUUCUUGAUGAAAGCUCCCAGAGAUAUAGCCUAAAGGUGUUUGAUUCACUUGUUCAUAUCAUCAACCUCCUUCAGGACAGUAAAUUCCAGCACUUCAAGCCGGUCAUGGACACCUACAUUGAGAGUCACUUUGCUGGAGCUUUGUCUUACAGGGACCUGAUGAAAGUACUGAAGUGGUACAUGGAUCGCAUUGUUGAGGCAGAGCACCAGGAUCACAUACAGCAGGUUCUCAAGGCCAGUGAGUACAUCUUCAAGUACAUUAUCCAAUCUCGCCGGCUCUUCUCUUUGGCCACUGGAGGCCAGAACGAGGAGGAGUUCAGAGCCUGCAUCCAUGAGCUCUUCAUGUCAAUCUGCUUCUUCCUCUCGCAGGAGAAUAAAGGAAUCAGUCCAGUCGCUCAGACGCAGGCGGUAUUCCUUCGAACCUUCCCAGCCAUCUACAGCGAGCUGCUGAAGUUCUUCACUGUGCGAGAGGUUGCUGGAUUCGUCAGGGAGACGCUGGCAAGCCUGCCCACCGUGGUCCAGGCCGACAGUCCCCUGGAGGCGGUCAAACUGCAGUGCAUUUCCAAGACAGUGGAAAGCCAGCUUUACAUUAACCCAGAGUCCCGAUGCAUCCUGCUACCCGUUGUGCUCCGAGUGCUGCAAACCUGCCUGCAGGAGCAGAGGGAUCUGGUCAUGUGUGCACGCAUCUUCACCAGCAUGCUGUCCCUCAUUAAGAAGGAGGAAAACGGCAUUGUGGAGCCUGCUGUGUUGGAGGAAGUGGAGCUAAUAGUGGAAAGCCUGCUGGGAGUGUUACUGAGGACCAUCCUGGAAAUCAGCAACCGGCCCCAACCUGCUGGACCUGCCAUGAGACUGCAGUUUCAGGAUGUCACUGGUGAGUUUGUGGCAUGUUUGUUGGCGCUUCUGCGACACAUGAGUGACAAACACUACCAGAAGCUGCUACAGGCCUUCAGCAGCAAGGACGACUUGAGGGACUUCCUGCUUCAUAUCUUCACAGUCUUCAGAAUCCUAAUCAGACCUGAGAUGUUUCCCAAAGACUGGACUGUGAUGCGACUUGUCACAAACAACGUCAUUAUCACAACCGUCCUCUACCUUUCUGAUGCGCUGAGGAAGAAUUUCCUCAGUGACAAGUUUGAUUACAAGGUUUGGGACUCCUAUUUCUACCUGUCUGUAAUAUUCAUCAACCAGCCUUGUCUUCAGCUUGAGUCCUUCUCACCCUCCAAGAGGAAGAAGAUUCUGGAGAAAUAUGGAGACAUGAGAGUGAUGAUGGGCUGUGAGAUCUUCAGCAUGUGGCAGAAUUUAGGGGAGCAUAAGUUGAACUUUAUUCCAGCCAUGAUUGGGCCGUUCCUGGAGGUGACCCUGGUGCCCCAACCCGAUCUGAGGAAUGUCAUGAUCCCAAUCUUCCAUGACAUGAUGGACUGGGAGCAGAGACGCAGUGGCAAUUUCAAGCAGGUGGAGGCCAAGCUGAUUGACAAACUCGACAGUCUGAUGUCUGAGGGUAAAGGAGAUGAAACGUACAGGGAGCUCUUCAAUAGCAUAAUUCCUCUGUUUGGUCCGUACCCUAGCCUGCUGAAGAAGAUUGAAAGGGAGACAUGGAGGGAGAGCGGGAUCUCUCUGAUUGCAACUGUCACUCGUCUGAUGGAAAGGCUGCUGGACUACAGGGAUUGUAUGAAGUUGGGGGAAGUGGAUGGUAAAAAGAUUGGAUGCACCGUCAGUUUAUUGAACUUUUACAAAACGGAACUGAACAAGGAGGAAAUGUACAUCCGCUACAUCCACAAACUGUACGACCUCCACCUCAAAGCCCAGAACUACACAGAGGCUUCAUACACCCUGCUGCUGUAUGACGAAUUACUGGAAUGGUCAGACAGGCCGCUCAGAGAGUUCCUUAACUACCCCAUGCAGAGCGAGUGGCAUAGAAAGGAGUACUUGCAUCUCACGAUCAUCCAGAACUUCGAUAGGGGAAAGUGUUGGGAGAAUGGCAUCAUCCUUUGCAGGGAGCUUGCUGACCAGUACGAGUCUUACUACGACUACAGGAACUUGAGCAAAAUGAGGAUGAUGGAAGCAUCCCUGUAUGACAAAAUCAUGGACCAGCAAAGAUUAGAGCCUGAAUUCUUCAGAGUUGGCUUCUAUGGAAAGAAGUUCCCUUUCUUCUUACGGAAUAAAGAGUUUGUGUGCCGCGGCCAUGACUACGAGAGGCUGGAGGCUUUCCAGCAGAGGAUGCUCAACGAGUUUCCCCACGCCAUCGCCAUGCAGCACGUCAACCAGCCGGACCAGACCAUAUACCAGGCCGAUGCACAGUAUCUGCAGAUCUAUGCUGUAACUCCCAUCCCAGAGAGCCAGGACGUGCUGCAGCGAGAUGGGGUGCCUGACAACAUCAAAAGCUUCUACAAGUUUAAUCACAUCUGGAGGUUCAGAUACGACCGACCGUUUCACAAGGGCACCAAAGACAAGGAGAACGAGUUUAAGAGCCUGUGGGUGGAGAGGACUACCCUGACUUUGGUUCAGAGUCUCCCCGGCAUUUCCCGCUGGUUUGAAGUUGAGAAGCGAGAGCUGGUGGAGGUAAGUCCGUUGGAGAACGCCAUUGAAGUGAUCGAGAACAAGAACCUGCAAUUACGCACUCUGAUCACCCAGUGUCAGAGCCGGCAGAUGCAGAACAUCAACCCCCUCACCAUGUGCCUGAACGGGGUCAUUGACGCCGCCGUCAACGGAGGGCUGGCCCGCUACCAAGAGGCCUUUUUCGUGAAGGACUACAUCAUGAAUCAUCCCGAGGAUGGAGACAAGAUUGGCCGACUGAGGGAGCUCAUGUUUGAACAGGCGCACAUCUUAGAAUAUGGCCUCACUGUUCACGAGAAGUAUGUUCCCCAAGACAUGAGACCUCUCCAUAAGAAGUUAGUGGACCAGUUCCAUCUCAUGAAAUCCAGUCUGGGCAUACAGAAACCCCAGGAGUUCCCGGCUUAUGUGCGCGCAAGCCCUGUGCCCUUCAUCAACGGGAGCCCGCGGACUUACAGGAACUCCGUGCCCAGUAUCAUCAGCCCCGACACGGGCAGAGGGGUUGCAAGGCGGAGCUACCCUGCAGUGAACCGUUACUCCUCAUCCUCUCUUUCAUCUCAAGCCUCCAAUGAAGUCAGUAACAUCACCGGACAGUCAGAGAGCUCAGAUGAAGUCUUCAACAUGCAGCCCAGUCCGUCUACCUCGAGCCUCAGCUCCAACCAUUCCGCCUCGCCCAACGUCACCAGCUCGGCCCCCUCUAGUACCAGAGGUUCACCUCAAAUGGCAGAGAAACACAAGCAUUCCAGAGAAAAUGCCUGUCUGUCUCCGCGAGAGAGACCGGUCAGUGCCAUCUUCCCCAACCCCCUUGAUCCUGCACAGAGAGUUCCUGCUCACCAGAUAGGUGACACCACUCUACCCAGGAGUGACCCCAACCUCUCAGCACCAGACAAAGUGAGACCCACUCCCAGUAGCUGGAGCCUAGACAGUGUCAAAGAGCGUGCAACAUCCUUCUCUGACAGUGUCGGCAAACCCGCAUGCCCUCCAAUACCUCCUAGGCCACCUUACCAAGUUUCCACUGCCAAAAACGCAAGGUCGCAGUCCCCAGGUCCCAUGUCCAGAUCGCCGCAAAAGACCACCAUGCCACCUUUCACUCCUUCUCCCACUGAGUGCCAGUCUACAAGCCUGGUCUCCAACUCCCCAGUGCUGUCUGGCAGCUACAGCAGCGGCAUAUCCUCCCUGAGCCGCUGCAGUGUGUCCGAAGCCUCAGGCACUGAGCUGCCCACAGGUGACCACCCGCCCCACCCUCUGCCCCCGCCUAGCGCCCUGCCAAACUCCAUCUCCAGCAGCUCGGACGAGCCAAUCCGCCGAGAGAAUAAGACUCCCCCUCCUUACAGCGUGUAUGAGAGAAACAACCCCCGCCGGCCCGUGCCGCUCCCCCACAGCCUCUCCAUUCCGCCGCAGACGGACCCCCCAGCCUUGCCACCCAAACCUCACCAGCUACGCACAGGCAGCAUGAAGCUGGACGGGAACGCUGACCCUCGGGUGCCAAGACCAAGACCUCUGCCCAGGAAGGUGUCUCAGCUAUAGGUGUAUAUGUAGGUGAAAUAAUAAAACACACUGGCGUAUUUUGCACUUUUCUACCUGGCACUGAUGAUGUGAUUCUCAGUUAAGUGUUCCUGACGUUCCAAUAAAACAGGCAAGAUUACUGAUUACCAGGCAGUCGGAAACUAACAAAAUGGUAAAACCACAAGAUAAAAAAAACACUUCACUUCCAUAUUUACAAGAGGCUUCGACUUUGACGUGGUCAUUCCACAUUGUCUCUACAACAGACAGUGAGUCAACCACGGUCAGUCAUAAUGUAUGUUUACCUAAACAUUCUAGAAAAAAACAAUUUUGAUAGAAGUAAUUUCAGAUGUAUGUAUAUUGGUAUAAAUGAGGUUUUUUUGCCUUAAGUAUUGGAAACAGAGUCUUUUAUCUGUGAGUCUUGCACGUUUUUUUUUAUUAUCUCUCUUUUUUUUAAUAACUCAGUAUAGUUCAGCAACAAAAGGUGCUAGAGGCCUUGAGUAUGCAUUUCAGUGAAGUGUGGAAGACAAGGGUGUGUUCUCAUUGUUAUAUCCUCACAUUUGUAGAAAAUCUAUCAAAAGAGCAUAAACUUUAAAUUUUUGUAAAAUUUCAAUUUAGAGUUGUGUCAAAGACUGCAUUUGUACCUCACGUUACAGUUCUUAAAAUAGUUGUGACUAGACGUGGGCCAGUAUGAGAUUAUCAUGGUAUUGAGUAAAAAUACCACAGUUUCAGGGUACCAUAUUUACAAAACAUAAAUUUAAGGAAUAAUAAGAAAGCUGCAACCUGGUAAUUUGACAGUAGGAAUGAUAUUGUAAAAACAUAUUUAAACUCUAAACAUUUAUGGCCUUUGGAUACUAUUUUUGAACAUAUUUGGUAAUUUUUCUGCAGUAAUGUAAAAUGGCUAAAUUAUCUUUGGCACAGUAACAUCUCAUGAUUAAGAGUAGAGACGUUUUACAUGCUGCUUUACAAACCAACACACUGUCCAUAUUUCUUAAACUCACUGAAGUAAAGUCAUGAAGUCUGGACCAAAUGCAUGCACUCAUACCAGUUUGCUGACCGAGGUUUAAUGCUCUUUAUGUGAACACACCCUAUUCUUUCUGCAUGACAUGUACAUGAUAACACAUCUUUGGGUGUGGAGGGGUUAGCAGUUAUUGUGCCAAAGGAAACUGGAAGAAAAAAAUUCCUAUAAUCUCUAUUCUUUACCUCAAAUUUUGAAGCAAACGGCUGAGAAAUGCUUGAACAUUGCAUUUACAAAAUAACCUUCCUUUAAAAGUCCAAGCUAAUCUCUACUUUGCCCCAAUCAGUUGUGAAUCUAGACGAGCACAAAAAUGAUUUUAUGAACCGUAUGAGUAAACAGUAUGUGGAAGGUGGAGUUGGGGUUUUGCAAUCAAUAGUGACCUUAAACAAUAAAUAAGAGGAUUGAUGUGUGGGAUGAAUAUCUUCAAACAAGUCAAAGUCAAAUAUUUGUACAGUUGAGAGUUUCUUUCUGUUCAAUUAAAAUCAUGGAUGUGAGUAGACUGCACGAUGAGUAGUUGCUCUGUUCAGCCACAUCAUGUUGCAUUGCUGUGGUGAAAAGAUGUCCUGCGACAGGAACAUUUCACACUGUUUUGUAAAUUAGAGGGAAUGUCAGCAUAAAUCUUCAGCAAAUUAACUUUGGGAUGUGGGGGGAUUGGGUAGCUUUAGUAUUGUUUGUAUUUUAAUUUUUUAUUACAUGUUGUGAAUUUUUGAGAUUAAAUAUUCACAUUAAUCAGUACUUGAGAACAUGUAAAUUAUGAAGAGAUCAAUGUAAGUAUGCCAAAUAUGAAAUUUGUGUAUUUCAAUUAAUGUAAAUACUGUGUUUUUAACAAGAUGUAGCUAUAACAAUUUACAGCUUUGAAUGUAAUGUUGAAGCAGCAAAUUAUUAUAAAUGUUCAAACUUUUAUUGUUUUGUGAGUGUAGAGAAACUGAGGUCAUGCACAAUGACUCUUAACUCAUUUACAAGUUCAAUAAACUGCCCUAUGGAAUAAAGGUGGAGUCACUGAAA